AUAAAAGCCGGUGUCCCACACAGGUGCUCAGGAACGUGACUCAUGACUGAGAUAUGACCAUGUUCUUGCUUGUCAGUUGUUUUGCUCUUGUGGCCUCUGCACUGGGGUGUGGAGUACCUGCUAUCAAGCCCCAAGUUAGCGGAUACAACAAAAUCGUGAAUGGGCAGAACGCUGUGUCUGGAUCCUGGCCCUGGCAGGUUUCGCUUCAGGAUGGUAGGGGAUUCCACUUCUGUGGAGGAUCCCUGAUCAACCAGUACUGGGUUGUCACUGCUGCUCACUGCCGAGUUUCUCCUAGAAACCAUUAUGUUAUCCUGGGAGAACAUGAUCGUCAGUACAACAGUGAGCAAAUUCAAGUCAUGUCAAUUUCCAAGGCCAUCACUCACCCCUACUACAACGCCCAGAACUUCAACAAUGACAUCACCCUUCUGAAGCUGUCGUCCCCAGUACAGAUGACAUCCCGUGUGUCUCCUGUGUGCCUGGCCUCUUCCAGCACCAACAUCCCCUCUGGAACCACAUGUGUCACCACUGGGUGGGGCAAGACCGGCCAAACCUCAAGCCCCCGCUACCUCCAGCAGACUGCCCUGCCUCUGCUGAGCCCUGCUCAGUGCAAGCAGUACUGGGGUAAUAACAGAAUCACUGAUGCCAUGAUCUGUGCUGGUGCUUCUGGAGUGUCCUCCUGUCAGGGUGACUCUGGUGGCCCUCUGGUCUGUGAGAACAAUGGAGUGUGGUCCCUUGUGGGUAUUGUGUCCUGGGGCACCACUGACUGCAACGUGCGCACCCCUGCCGUGUACGCCCGUGUGUCCUACCUGCGCAGCUGGAUCAACCAGAUUGUUGCUUCCAACUAACGUGGAAACACACAAAAUCAGCAAUACACAUGUGCUCACGUGUUUUCCCAUACUUCAUCAUCCUGCUCCCCACUGUGAUCAAUGACAGCGUCAAUAUUAGCUCUCACAAGGAUGUUACUGUUUUUAUUGACUUUGCAUGGUGGCAACCACUCACUGUACUGCUGUUUUGUGCAUUUGUGAGAAAUUGUGCUUAAAAUAUAACUCUUCAGAACACAA